CUCUCUCUCCGCUUCUUCGCGUCGAUCGCCUUCUCCUAUUCCGUUUUCUUUUCUAGGGCUAGGGUUUACUUCUUGUUUUCCUAGAGAUCUCGAUUUCGAUUUGAUAGGGCUGGCUCUUUUUUUCGUGCUGCAUUCUGAUUCUUCUUCCCUCGGAGAAACGAAGAUUUUGUUUUCCGAUCGUUUUGAAAGAUCGUCAUGCAAUGCCGUUGAACCAAGCUGGCUUUUGUUCGAUUCUUUGCUGCAGUUUUAGGUUUAGGUCUUCAAGUUUCUUCGAAGAUCCAAGAGGCGCUCCUUGUUUUCACCUUAUUGGAGCUGUUUGGCUGACGGUUUCUAGGGUUUUGGGUCAUCUGGUCUGAAGGGGAUCAGGAAGUUUGUUACUGUGGAAAGGUCCCCGAUUCCCCUUUUCCCUGUCCUUUUCUGGCAAAAGUGAUGGUACACCCAUCAGAACCAUGUUUCAUGCUCUCUAGUUUUUGGUGUUUCCCUAACUAUAGAAAAAAAAAAACCUUUCUUUAAACGAAGAGCACAUCUUUGUAUGCUUGGAAUGUCUGAAUUAUUGGAAGAAAAAGAAAGGUGCUGAGAAAUAGCCUUCUAAGGGUUCCCGCAGGCAUCAAGAAGGGAGAGGGAAGGAUAAGAAAGAUAAGGGGAGAAAGAUUAUGUGGUCGGGCGGGUUAAAGUUCUUGGGCAUUUCAUAUGAUCGGGUUGACAGGUCUUUAUCUUUUUUGUGAUUCCCUGCAAAUAGUGACAAGGACAGCGAAUUCCUGUCUCCUCGAUUGGUAUCUAACUUGUGCUAUUGGUGUCCUAGUGAUGGGAAGUUUUAUUUUUCUAAAGCCUCUGUCUAUUCUUUUUCUUCUUCCGGGUUCCCUUCCUCUGUUAUUGACGGUGGGAGGCCUAGUUCUGUGAGGUGGGUAUAAAGGUGAGAGUUUAGUUGAGGUUUUUGGGUUUGGCAUUGGAUGGGUGAGAUGAAUGCUAAUCUGCACCAGAAGCUUGGAAAGACUGAUAAGGGUCACGAUGGGAGGGUUGUGGUAGCAGUGAAGGCUUCGAAGGAAAUUCCAAGAACUGCCAUUGUCUGGGCUUUAACCCAUGUUGUUCAACCUGGUAGUUGUAUCACCCUGUUGGUUGUGCUUCCGCCACACGGCUCAGGGAAAUACUAAGUUUGCUGAACCUAUACUUCAGGUAGAAAAAUAUGGAGUUUUCCAAGAUUUGCGGCUGACUGUGCCAGUGGUCACAGGAGGUCCUAUUUUAGGACAGCUUUGGAGCAGAAGCCAGAUAUCGCAGACUUAUGUUCCCAAAUGAUGCUUCAACUUCAUGAUUUUUAUGAUCCAAAUAAGAUAAAUGUCAAGAUAAAGAUUGUUUCCAGAUCACCUUGUGGUGUAGUGGCUGCUGAAUCCAAGAGAGCUCAAGCAAACUGGGUUGUCUUGGACAAACAGCUGAAGCAUGAGAAAAAGAAGUGCAUGGAAGAACUUCAAUGUAACAUUGUAGUUGUGAAGCACUAUCAACCUAAGGUUCUCCGAUUAAAUCUGAUAGGAUCACCUGAUUUUGAGCCCCAAAUGCGCUAUCCAUCACCUCCUGAGGAAGACAAAUCACCUAAAAAAGACUCAAAACAAACCAGGGUUCCUCCUAAGUCCAUCCGAGGGCCAGCUGUAACUCCUACAAGCAGUCCUGAAAUUGGGACACCAUUUACUGCUACCGAAGCUGGAACAUCAUCAGUAUCAAGCUCAGAUCCUGGAACAUCGCAAUUUUUUGCUUCUGAAGCAAAUGGUGGUGUUAAGAAUGAAUCAGUAACCACAAAAGCGACCCGAGAAGUGGAUAUAACUAGCUCAGGGUCUGACAGUGAAAGCUCAAGUCCAACAACCAUAGGUUCUCCGUAUGGAAUGUCUGAGAUAUUCAGCACGGCUCGAACAUGUUCCAACCAAGUUGAGGAAAUUUGUCAAAAAUUCAAAGAUAAAGCUCAUAUUUUCACAGCCAAAGUCUUACUGGAGAAGUUUUGUGAACUUGAUGAGAAAGCAAGAGUCAGUAUCCUGAACUAUAAAUCAGAUAACGAUUUCAGUGGAAAUAUUAGGGAAGCAAUUUCACUGCCUAGAAAUGCACCUCCAAGACCUCCUCCUUUAUGUUCAAUAUGUCAACACAAGGCACCUGUGUUUGGAAAACCUCCUAGAAGAUUCAGUUAUGCUGAGCUGGAACUUGCAACAGGUGGAUUUUCCCGUGCAAACUUCUUGGCUGAGGGUGGUUUUGGAUUUGUUUACAGAGGGAUGUUGCCUGAUGGUCAGGCCAUUGCCGUAAAGCAGCACAAAAUGGCUAGCUCUCAAGGAGAUCUUGAAUUCUGCUCUGAGGUGGAGGUUUUAAGCUGUGCGCAGCAUCGCAAUGUUGUGAUGCUAAUUGGUUUCUGCGUUGAAGACAAGAGAAGGUUGCUGGUUUAUGAAUAUAUCUGCAAUGGUUCACUGGAUUCCCAUCUCUAUGGUUGUAAUGAAAAGCCUUUGGAAUGGUCUGCUAGACAAACAAUUGCAGUGGGAGCAGCUCGAGGUUUGAGAUACCUUCAUGAAGAGUGCAGGGUGGGCUGCAUAGUCCACCGUGACAUGAGGUCAAACAACAUUCUUGUCACCCAUGAUUUUGAACCAAUGGUUGGAGACUUUGGCUUGGCGAGAUGGCAGCCUGAUGUAGACCACGGUUUGGAAACACGGGCAAUUGGCACCUUUGGGUAUCUGGCUCCAGAAUAUGCCGAGACUGGACAAAUCACAGAGAAGGCAGAUGUGUAUUCCUUUGGCGUUGUACUCAUGGAGCUUAUUUCGGGACGGAAAGCAGUGGAUAUUAGUCGUCCAAGGGAUCAGCGGUGUCUCGCUGAAUGGGCUCGCCCUUUAUUGGAUGAAUGUGCGAUAGAUGAGCUCGUAGACCCACGAUUAGGAAAUUGCUACUCUGAAUAUGAGGUUUGUUGCAUGUUGUAUGCAGCAUCAUUGUGCAUCAGACGUGAACCUCAUGCAAGGCCACGAAUGUCUCAGGUGCUCCAUAUACUCGAGGGGAACAGUGUGCUGGAACAGAAAUUACAGUACAACACCUUGAUAUGACGCUGUAAACAAAAGCUCAGAAAAGUGGCCGGAUAAGAUUGUGUAUCAUUGCAAGGGCCCCCAGAGGGCUUGAUCCAAAAGCUUUCCCGUGAGGCUUUAAGGGCAGCACGUUGGGAGAGAAGGCUCGGCUCGUCUUAUGUGGAAGACAAUAAUUGUAGAUAGGAUGUGAUGUGUAACCCACCCACUAUGGGCCCCUUUUAAAUGAUCUGUUGUCCAUAUUUUGCCAUGUUUUGUGGUAGUCCUGUAUGUAUCGUAUGGUAACUGGUAUUCUUAAUGUUAAUGGCAGUAUAGGUGCUAAUAAGUGAUUCAUGGAGGUA